CCACUUUGCCAUAAAGAUAUCUUGGAGUGACGUGGCCUUUUUUGUUGGAACUUUAUGAUAAACAUCUUAUCAAACAUUCUGUAUAUUCAUGAUCUUAUGGAAUCUGUAUAUUCAUGAUCUUAUGGAAUCUGUAUCUAUCUAACUCAGUGUAGUAAAUAUAAUGGAAAAUAUGAAUCCAUCAGAACGUGUAUACCAUGACUUGAAAGAAUUGGCCUUGCUACUUUUUUCACCGCAAUGUUUCGAUACAUAUUUCGUUGAUAAGAACUUCUUAGACAAACCUUGCUUCUUGGCUACUCUGAGCACAGUAUUAGGCGUUGGAAUAGUACUGGGAUCAAUAUUCGUAAAGUUACCACAAGUUUUGAAGAUAUAUAAUGCUAAAACUGCAAAAGGGAUAAGUUUAGCAACUGUUACCUUGGAUCAGAUUGUUUUAACACUUUAUUCUACUUACAAUUAUCUGAAAGAAUUUCCAAUGAGUGCUUGGGCCGAUACAGCCUUUUUAUCUAUACAAACAUUGGCUAUUGCUUUCUUAUUACUAUAUUAUGAUGGUUCUCCAUCAAAGGCAUACAUAUAUCUGGUAACAUAUUUCAUAAUUUCUGGAAUAUUAGAAAGUGGCUUAGUUCCAAUAGAUAUAAUAUGGGCCCUUCAGGGAAUUAACAUUCCCUUAUUAUUAAUUGGGCGAGUUAUCCAAGUACAUGCCAAUUACAAAAAUCAAAGUACUGGUCAAUUAUCUGCAAUUACAUGUGCUCUCCUAUUUUUUGGCUCAUUGGCCAGGAUUUUCACAUCUGUACAAGACACUGGGGAUACUAUGGUCAUUCUCACUAAUGUUGCCUCCUUCCUUGCUAAUUUAGUGAUUAUUAUUCAAAUUCUCUACUACUGGAAGUCUGAAGAAAAAGUCAAAAAACAAGACUAAAUAAUUAUUAAUGCUCUUAAUUUUCUGGCUCUUUGCAGCACAGACAACAAUAUAUUUAAGGUGGAAAUAAAUAAGUGUAUUUCAAUUUUGAAAUUGGUGAUGAUAUUGUGUGCAUGAUAUAGUAAUUGUUUUUAUUACAAGAAUGUUUGUAUUUGUAUUAGAUUAUUUAGCCUUGUGUCAAUUAAUUGCAAUGGUAUUACUUCCAUCAAUUAAAAAAAAAUUGAAUAUCUUAGUAAGAAUCAUUGUUCAGAAUUUAGUGACAAUUUGUAUCCAAUAAAAGACAAAGAGCUAA